GGCGACCGUGGGCAUCGUGGUCGUCGUGCUCGAAGGAAUGUGGUGGUGGACAUCAGACUCGACGUCGAGUGUGUGUUCGAGAUGUUCCUAAUGCAUGCGAGGGAGACGCUAAACAGAAGAGAAGAUGCAACGUUUUCGAUUGUUCAGAUGAGAAAGACAUGAAGAAGAUUCUCCAUCUUGAUGACUUUCCUCCUGGUGUUCGACGAGCUCCUAGCCGGUGGACAGCUUAUAGGAUCACCCAUCAAGCCAGAACGAUUCGUGCUCCGACCAGUAGCAUCUAUGGGAAGAGCUUCCCGCAUCAGUUCGCCGUCCUCCUCACCGUCAAACCAAAAGUGACGCUCCGAAAAAACCGCGGAGUCCCAUACGCCUUGCUCUUCACUGACGCUGAUGGCAGCAUUCAAUUUGGGAUCAAACUCGCCAAGACUCCUUCGAUCGUCUACAGCCAAUUGGAUGGGACUCACAAAGAACUCAAUUUCACUGAUUAUGUUUUGGAUAGAAGCUGGCACUACAUGGCUUUUAGUGUGAACAAACAUACAGUCACGUUGAUUGCAAAUUGUAAGGAGGUGUUCACACUCAAUAUAGAUAGAAGUGAUCGAGCAAUGAUUGAUGCAACGGGUACGACUUCAAUCGGUAGUGGAUAUCGAUCAGUUAAUUAUGCAUAUUUUGAGGGUGAUAUUGAUCAACUGAUCAUCGUGAAUGACACAUCUAUAGCUGAGUUACAGUGUCUACCACAAGAAAGACGUUUUCCCGAUCUGUUAAACAUUGCAUCCACCGCGCCGCCCUCGAGUUCAGUGAAUGGUAUGGAUGCAUCUAUCGACAUCGGGCUCGUGUACGACAACCUCUUCGAUCCAUUCCUCUUUAUGGACCCAGAAACGACAACGUCAAUGCCGAUGGACACGACGUUUCCUUCGUUCUCAGAGAUGGAAGUCACUGAAGAUGAGAUGGAUGGGGCGAGUGUAUCACCGACAUCAACGCCUACGACAACUCAGAAGGUCACUCAAAAGAUCAUGACUCAAAGACCAAGGACAUCAACUCCAGCAUUGACAAAACUGACUGUCAAGCUGGACAAUGGAGCAUUUGAGAUCAAUCAGUCUAACAGCGAUGUCAUCCACGACAUCAUGGAGCCUGAAUCUGUAUCGUUUGUGUACUUCGAGGACAACAAUCAUGCAACAGUCGAACCCGUGUCUGAUGACGGUGAUCGAACUAUUCCUAGUCGUUCAGACGCCACCAUAAAUAGGGCGAAUAACUCGAAGUACUGGACGAUAACGCCGACGACGCCGACGUCCAAGCGAGGUCCGAGUGCCUACUCGCAGGUAAAGGUCCUCCCGACAACGAUCACGGAGCCACCAACACGUGCUAUGACGACACCAACAACGACCAGGAAACCAACCACUGUCCCUUCAACGACGAAAGCUACUACCACAAGAACGACAACUCCUGCAACGACAAAGCCACCAUCCACCACCACUAAUAAAGCCACAAUCACUUCAGUGUCCAAGUCAUCAACAAGAACUAUAACCACAACGUUGUCGACGACUUCAACUAUGUCUAUGAAGUCGACGUCGGAGAUGAAUGACAUUCUAGGUGAUGUAGAGGUUGAUAAUAACAGUGAAAGACCUUUAAAUGAUGGGCUGAUCCCAGCUCCCCCUGGCGAUGCUCUCUCACCCGUUGCUCCGGCCACUGUUCAACGCCCUUCUAUCUACCAACACGGUAGACCAAUCGAUGAAAAUUCAAACUGGUCGACAUGGAGUACAUGUAGUAGGACGUGUGGUACUGGUACCCGAUACAGAUUCUCAGUAUGCAGCAAGGAUUCGAACCUCCCUGAUUGCUUGAAUGGACGAGGUAUUGCAGCACAACACAAAUCUUGUCGACACAAUAAUGAUUGCAAAGGUGUUCUUCGAUGGAGCGAAUGGGGUUCGUGCACGCGUACUUGUGGUUCAGGGUUCGAGACCCGGGUGGCUAUCUGUAGAGACAUCGAUUCUCAUGAGAACUGUACCAAGGUCGGUCAAUUAAUGGUCGAGAGAAGGAUGUGUGAAGGGCUUUCGGAAUGUCCACAUUACUGUAUAGGUGGAUGUCUAAAUGGAGGAACCUGCAUGCCAGAAGGUGUAUGCCAUUGUCCUUCUGGGUAUGAAGGGAGAAUGUGCGAGAGAGAGCUUUGUCAACAUUCAUGUAAGAACGGUGGAAGAUGUGUUGGAAAGGACCAAUGCCUCUGUCCAUACGGUCAUUUACCCCCGUUUUGUGAGCCUCUUUGCAAUCCUCCGUGUCAGAAUAAUGGUCGAUGUAUUCAUCCAGGGAGAUGUAUCUGUCCGAAAGGAUAUACCGGUCCUGCAUGCAGUAAACCUAUUUGUGAGGAUGGAUGUAAGAAUGGUGGUGAGUGCAUCGCGCCAGAUCGAUGUCACUGUCGUACCGGGUACUCGGGAUCAGACUGCAGUAAACCUGAAUGUAGUCCGCCGUGCGAGAACGGUGGGGUUUGUUUACGAGCAGGAUUCUGUAAAUGUCAAACAGGUUACAGAGGAAUGCAGUGUCAAAUCGGUUAUUGCAGACGAUCAUGUUUAAAUGGCGGGAGAUGUUCAGGGCCUGAUACAUGUACAUGUCCAAGAGGGUAUACUGGUUCUUUAUGUCAACAAUCUAAAUGCCCAGAUGGUUGUCCAGGCUAUUCACAAUGUAUUGGUCCUAACAAAUGUUCAUCUUAUGGACGUCAUGUGGUGUCAUCAUCAACAUCAACAAACAGGAGACAAUGGUGUCCAUUACAGUCUUAUGUUGAGAUGUAUACUCUAACAUACAUCAAACCAGCUAUACAGAAAUACAGAGUUAGAUGUGGAGCAUAUGGAUUACAAACAUGUGAAUCAUCAAGGAUAAUAUAUCAAGUUGGUUACCGACAAAGUCGAAGGACUGCUUAUAGAUGCGCCCCCUACGGUUGAACAAAAUGGGAAGUUUUAUAAUUGAAAGUCUGGUGGUCUCGAGAUAUAAUUACUGACAUCUCUUCGGUCUCUUGUGAUCUUGCCGAUUACAGUUCUAUCAACUUGGUGACUGUUGAUGUGGUCCUACAUAGUUGAACUGAUGACUAACAUUCAUGAACUGACUCUAACUAAAAAUGGUGCUCGUUUUUAUAUUUAUAUUGUAUUUUGUGAAUAUUUUCAACUCUUGUACUGAAGACGGACGGGAUAUAACCUAUCCCGAUAUCUAUGCAAAACAUUACAUUUUUGUUGUCGGUAAUAUGAAUUGUGAAAAUGAUAAUCGACGUCUUACUAAUACCAGAAAUGUGUUUAACUAUGGUGUUUCCUUUUCUCGAAAUGGUCUGUAUUACAUGUAAUAAAUCUGAAAUGUUACAUAUUUCUUACCAAAUGUCUAACCAUAAUGCAAUUGGUCGGGUCACAUGGGCGAUAUUCAUAUUGGGAACUUUCAAAAACCCAUCAAAAUGCGAAGAUAAUUGAAGAUUGAGAUAGAUAUUGGUGCAUGUUCGUCUCUAAUUUUAAUUCAGACAGAGCAUACGUAUAUCAUUUUUUUUUCAUUCUUCAUUCCAGUGGGCUAAGUUUUGAUUUCAAUAUGUUUUACGUCAACAACGAAGUACAGUAUCCUUGGUGUAUCGUAUUAAUUUUAUUAUAUUUCGCUCAUAAAACUGAGCAGGCCAAAUAAAUAGAUAAAUAAUAACAUAAUGAUUACAAGUAUGUUUUCAUGCUGAUAUCAAAUUAAAUAUUGGGAGGGGAAUUCUGUGUUGAAUGUGUAUAAUUCGCAUUUAAUCAAGCAUUCUAAGGACUACGAAUUGAGGCAAACUAAUACUUAAUUUACAGUUUCAAAGAUAUUUGAAUUGAACUAAUUAUGUAAUUUGUAUUUAGAUUAAUAUAAAUUAUAUUAAGGGUUUAAUUCAUGUUGACUAUAAGCAUGCCAAUUAUCACAUCAGUACGUCACUCUAUAUAGUAUGUGAAUAUAAUAUUAUUGUUAUUGUAUACUGUAUGUGAUUUUUAGAAUUUGUAGUGAUCAUUUCAUAAGAGAAAUAUGUAAUCAGAGUGUCAAUCCACACUAGAUAAAUUACUUUUUACGUAUUUAUUUCUGCCCUUUCUUAAGACUUGUUUAUAAUUUUAUAAUAUAUGUUAUUUUUCAAUUUGUUUCUUUCAAAGUGGCCAUGUUUAGUUUUAUUUUAUAAAGCUGUAAUUUAUGCCUGUACUGUGCCUGCAGGGGCCUAUUGCAUAAAACUGUUGCCAUAAAAAACUUUUGGCAACCUUUGCCAGAGUUUUUUAAUGCGUAAUUUUCAAUGGCAUAAUUAUGUUUGCCAGAGUUUUUUAUGGCAAAAGUUUUAUGCAACGGGCCCCAGGUGUAGCAGAAAUUAAACAAGAGAAAUCACACAGUUUGUAGCUUUUGAUAAAAUUAGGCUAUAGAGCCACUUGUACCGACCGGGGUCUUUGGGUUUCGGCCCAUGAUCUUGGCCAUGGGAGCGUUGAUAACUCAAAAGACGUAGAUUUUUAUGGCAUAUCUAGAAGAAAUAUGUAAUGAAUUGGAAUACAGUUCAAAUUAGAGAUUGUGUUUGCAAAUUCCUCCCAAUCUUAAUAGGAAAAUCAAUUUCAACAUUUUUACUUUCAUUGAAAAUUUUUGCUACUUUUUCUGUAUAAUCAUGCAUCAUUCAAAUUCUGACUACUAGUAUUAUCUGAUUAUGGCGCAAUUUAUGUGAGCUACUUUAAAUCAACAGAUUUGGGUUUAAUAUCACUAUGCAAAACUAGUGUAAUGACUAUGACGAGAGUUGAUUAUUUUUAUCAUGUGAAAUAAUCUGAUCAUACUAUAAUCAGACUUACAUUAUAAAAUCGAAUACUAUUAUUUGAAUUAGGCUGAAACAUAUCAUUUCUUCACCCUCCUUACUAAAACAGAACAGGUGGGUCCAAUUUCCUGUAAUUACCUGAACUUUAUAGUAAACUUCAACUACUGUGUUUGUUAAUGAUUGAUUAUAAUUUACAGUAUAUCAUAUAGAGGUUGAAUAUUACAUAUAAUACUACUUAGAUCAUACAAAAUAUGUUAGAUUGCUGAUGGAAGGCUAUCGUAGAUUAUAUAUGUAUAAAGUUGGUGUUAUUGUUAGGAAUCAAAUAAUAAACUGGAUGUUUAUGGUUCGUUUAUUCAAAAUUAUAAUUUGUUUUAUACUUUAGCUCAUCUUUUAUUUUUAACAAUUUGUUCACAAGUUUUUAUUUUAGUAGUAAUUUGGCUGUACUCAUUACGAGCUCUUUUUAAAAGAGACAAACAAGAAGUGUCUUUUUCCUUCUCUGAUAUCAUUUCAGUAUUAUUGUUAAUGCUGCUAUUUCUGCAUAAUGUUACUAAUUCAACUACAACUAUUAUUAAUUUUGUAAAUCGGUACAAUUAUGAUUUAGUAAAUCGAAAUAACUGCUUCAAUCAAACUUAUUUAUCAGUCCGUUUUGUGAAAUAUGGUGCUGGAAUAUUAGACCACGGUCCUCGAAUUGUGUGUAACAUUUACGACAAAUAUUCGUGUGUAAUUUUUAACAUUGCAAAUUGUUCUGUGUAAUACUUUUUUUGUACACUCGCUUUUCAUGAUGAAAUGAAAUAAAAACGCAUUUUGUGAGAAUGUGUAUUAACUAA